UGCACUGAAAGAACAAAAUAUAUAUAUUGUUAUACAUGCAGUACUUCUGAAGUAUAUUUUUAAACACAGAACAAAUCAUGUGAAACCCCCUAAAUUACUUCCUCAUACUAUAAGUAUAGUACUGUAGCAGUACUCUUUCAAAUGAGUGGGCAGCAAAAGUUGAAGAUACUGACGAUUUCAUAACAUAAAAAAAUCUAGAAAAAAAUGGUGGAACAAGAUGAACUUUUCAUUUUUAUCGGUGUUGGUUUUGGAGUAGCAGUGUUCAUAAGCAUCAUUUUUCUUUUACUAAUAAUGUAUUUGUACAUCCGAAGACGGAAAGCAUUGGAACGUCAGGAUGAAACUGGAAAUAGACAGAGAGCCGCAUCAGAGAAUGUUUUGAUAGGAAGGGCUGACCAGAGUGAGAUUGUCACACGGAAGAUGGAGACUUCACCACAAAAUGGCUCAGCGGGAAAUCCACAAAAUACACCAGAUGCAACACCAUUUAUGACUCAAAGUUAUGAAGACAUUGAGAUUGGCGGUUUUCCUAACCCGCAGGAGAAUGGCAUAGUUGAUGCAAUAUCUCCAUCAAAUGAUGAUGCUGAUAUGCAAGAAGAUGUGGCAACACCAUCACAAGACGAGGGUGCUAGUAUCAAUGGUGGUCCUCAUCUUAUGGAAGAAAACGAUAUGUAUGUGUCUGCUGAUGAAGUGAAGUUAAAUCAGAGAAACCCAGACGAAGCUGAUGACAUAUCAGAUGCGGUAUCUCCACCGAAUGAGGAUGAUGCUAAAGAAGAUUCAGUGGCAUCACCGUCACAAAAUGAAGAUGCUAAUACAAAUAAUGAUUCUUAUUCUAUGGAAGCACAUAAGAUGUAUGUGUCUGCUGAUGAAGUGAGGUUAAACAAGAAACCAUCAGUUAUCCAUUAUACAGUAGAAAGUGGUGAUAUCUACGCUGGAGUUGUGAAGUCGUGAAGUCAAACAUCUAAAGGAGAAUAUACAAGAACAAUAUGUUUCAUGCAAGAUGCAUAAUAAAACAACGGAAUGUGGACUACGGUCUAAUACAAAAAAUAUACUAUCUGGCCUACUAUUGUUUCUUUCUUCUAAGUACAUUAGGCCUUUACCUCAAUCUCAAUAAUUCUUUAUUGUCCAUUCAUAUAAAACAGAAAUGUAAUUUGAACUGACAUACAUACAUUUACAAAUAUUUUUAAUCCCAAAGACAAAAGCACAACAUCCAAAAAAAAAAAA